AUGAAUGGUUCCCAAAAAUCCUCAACUUCAUGCCAGCCAUACAAUACUCUCUAUUACAAUCCCCUCAACGAGUUGAGGCACAGCCGUAGCUGUAGCAGCUACUAUGGCCGCAUAGCCUCCAAAGGUGACGACGACAAGGAAAAUGCCAAUGGGUUCUCUUCCAAUGACAACAAGGAAAAUGUUCUAACCAAAGAAAUCCAUGACAAGAAGGAAAAUGCAAAUGGGUCAUCUCCCCUGCACAAGCCCUUCUCAAAGUCCAAGUCUUUGUCCGCAGACAGGAUUUUGAAGCCCUCUUCUCUCCACUUCUGCAUGCAAAUGAACGAGCCAGAUAGGGGUUUUGGGUCCAAGUUAUGGGAUCCUCUUGAAUCCCACAAUUCCAGCUCUUUGAAUGUUUGGGAUUACUCUGACUCGGAGGCUGCUCCAGCUUCCUCCUGGUCCACAUUGCCCAAUAAGUCUUUGAUCUGUAGACCCUUGCCUAUAGAUAUUGGAAGGUGUACCUGUGUUAUUGUGAAGGAAGCCACACCACAAGGACUAUCUGGGGGUGCUUUGUUUUCUCUUUAUACCUAUGAAGGUCAGGGACGGCAGAAUAGGAAACUAGCUGUGGCCCACCACAGGCGGCGGAAUGGGAGGUCUCAGUUCACCGUAGCUCAGAAUGUGAAAGGACUACUUUCCAAUUCAGAUGAUAGUUUUCUUGGGACCGUAACAGCUAACCUUAUGGGCUCAAAAUACCACAUUUGGGAUCAGGGAUAUCGUCGUAAAUCCCAUAGUAAACAACCAAAACCACCUCUUGCUGUUGUGACGUAUAUACCUACAAUAGCAACAUGCACAGGAAGUCACAGAAGCAUGAGGGCUUAUAUACCCAAGCAUCAAUCUAUGUCACUGAAGAACACGACCCAGGUACAACAUAUUAAAGGACUACCAAUGGAUUGGGAGCAAAAAUUGGACAAAACCCAUCAACUAUUCUCAAGGGUUCCACUGUACAACAAGAAUUCAAAGCAAUUUGAGCUUGACUUUAGAGAUAAAGGAAGGGCAGGACUUAGAAUCCAAAGAUCGGUAAAAAAUUUCCAGCUGACUUUGGAGGAGAAUGGGAGGCAGACGAUCCUGCAGUUAGGGAGGGUGGGAAAAUCAAAUUUCGUUAUGGACUACAGAUAUCCUCUGACAGGUUACCAGGCGUUUUGCAUAUGUUUGGCUUCCAUUGAUUCCAAGCUUUGUUGCACAGUGUAA